AUGUACGAAGUACCCAGCCUCGUGAAAACGGCGUACUACGCUUGUAACGAGGUCGACCGUAACGAGUACGACUCGAUGGAAACGCCGGACGUCGGUAUGCGAGAUUGUUGCGAGUCGCUGUUCGCAAUUUUAAAAACCAGCAAAAACCAAAGUCAGGGCAACGAUAGGCACACCAUGUUCGGCAGAUCGGAAUUGCCCGUCGAUGACCAGAGGUUUGGAAACAUAUGCGGAAAUGCAGCGUUCCACGGGCACAUCGGUUGCCUGAAACUCGCUCACGAGGUCGGCGUCCCUUGGACCAUAAUCCCUGACGACCCAGAAGAUGCGACCGAGGAUAUCAUGGCGUGCGGCAAAGCUGCGGAAUCGGGCAAUGUAGAAUGUCUAAGAUACGCCCGGGAGCACGGGUGCCCGUGGGACGAGACAACGUGCAGCAAUGCCGCGGCAAACGGUCACAUCGAGUGUUUGGUUUACGCCCGGGACAACGGGUGCCCGUGGGACGCGAAAACGUGCAGCAAUGCCGCGGCAAACGGUCACAUGGAGUGUCUGGUAUACGCACGGGCAAACGGGUGCCCGUGGGACGAGGGGACGUGUAGCAGUGCCGCGGAAAACGGUCACAUGGACUGCUUGGUUUACGCACGGGAAAACGGGUGUCCGUGGAACGAUGAGACGUGUUGCUAUGCCACGAAACACGGUCACAUGGACUGCUUGGUAUACGCUCGGGAAAACGGAUGCCCGUGGGACCGGUGGACGUGCUCCCAAGCAGCAUCUAAUGGUCAGCUGGAGUGCUUAGUUUACGCUCGGGAAAACGGAUGCCCGUGGGACCGGUGGACGUGCUCCCAAGCAGCAUUUAAUGGUCAUCUGGAGUGUCUCAGGUACGCGCGGGAGAACGGAUGUCCCUGGGACGAAGACACUUGCAGCAGAGCAGCAUCUAAUGGUCAUCUGGACUGCUUAGCUUACGCACGGGAGAACGGAUGCCCGUGGGACGAGUGGACGUGCGCCGAUGCAGCAUAUGAUGGUCAUCUGCAGUGUCUGAGGUACGCACGGGAGAAUGGAUGUCCCUGGGACGAGAAAACAUGCAACAAAGCAGCAUGUACUGGUCAUCUGGACUGCUUAGCUUACGCACGGGAGAACGGAUGUCCCUGGGACGAAGAGACAUGCAGCAGAGCCUUAAGCCGCAUUCGGUCACAUAGACUGCCUAGAAAAUCGGAGCCCCCAAGACGAGAACGACGACUAAAGAUUGUUUUAAUAACGUUAGGAGGAGAAAUAUAA